CCUACACCAGAAGCCAAUCAUGCUCGACAGCUCUGAGAUAUUUUCGCUUCCUUCAUUCAUUUUGGCCUUGAAGAAUUGAAGCUUCACACACAACCAACACGGCACCCUCUUCAUAUAUAUCAACCGUUAUCUUCUCCUUCUCCUUCUUCUUCAUGAAUUAAAUGUCGACCCUUUAACGGCUUUUUCUCUCUUCCAAGUUCCAAAUCCUCAUUACAUAAACCGUUGCAGGGUUCGGUCUAGUUUGUGUGUUUGUUUGUUUCUGUGUUCUUUAGACACAAGCCGAGAUGGAUCUCAGUUCGUUCCUGACAUCGUUAGGGACCUCGUUUGCGAUAUUUGUGGUACUGAUGUUUCUGUUCGCGUGGCUGUCGUCCAAGCCCGGGAACGCGGUGGUGUACUAUCCGAAUCGGAUCCUGAAGGGUAUGGAUCCGUGGGAGGGCGGAUCCAAGACCCGGAACCCGUUUUCGUGGGUCAAAGAAGCUCUGACUUCAACAGAGCAGCAAGUUAUAGCCCUUUCUGGGGUUGACACUGCUGUCUACUUUGUCUUCUUGAGCACCGUUUUGGGAAUCCUGGUUUUGUGCAGCUUGGUUCUGCUACCCGUGCUUCUGCCAGUUUCUGCCACUGACAUCGGAGACACCACACCAAACACCACCACCAGCGAAGGAGCUUUCACUGACCUUGACAUGUUAUCCAUAGGACAUGUCCAGGCGAAGAGUGCAAGGCUGUGGGCGUUUCUCCUAGGUGUCUACUUGGUUUCUUUUGUUACAUAUUUCUUGUUGUGGAAGGCGUAUAAACAUGUUUCCGAUUUGAGAGCCAGUGCUUUAAGGACUCCUGAUAUCAAGCCUGAACAAUUUGCUGUUGUUGUUAGAGACAUACCUGCUGUCCCUGAAGGUCAAAAUAGAAAGGAACAAGUUGAUUCAUAUUUCAGGGCCAUCUACCCCGAUACAUAUUACAAAUCAAUGAUUGUUACAGACAAUAAAAAGGUGAACAAACUUUGGACAGAGUUAGAAGGGUUCAAGAAAAAGCUUGAACGUGCUGAAGCAGUUUAUGCAGCAUCCAAAACAACAGGCAGUCCCGAAGGAACAAGACCCACUAAUAAAACUGGCUUCUGUGGUCUUUGUGGGGCAAAGGUUGAUAGUAUUGAGUACUACACUGGGAAGAUUAAUGAAACAAUCCCAAAAUUGGAAUCUGAACAAAAAGCCACUCUCAGAGAGAAACAGCUAAAUGCUGCUGUAGUGUUCUUCACUAAUAGGGUGACUGCAGCUUCUGCAGCACAGACUCUACAUGCCCGAAUGGUUGACACAUGGACAGUCAUGGCUGCUCCUGAACCUCGUCAAGUACUUUGGCCUAAUCUGAAAAUCAAGUUUUUCGAGAGGCAAGUGCGGCAGUAUGUUGUGUAUUUCAUUGUGGCUCUGACCGUAGUGUUUUAUAUGAUCCCAAUUGGACUCAUCUCUGCAUUUACAACUCUAGAUAAUCUGGUAAAAUUUAUCCCGUUUAUCAAGCCAGUUGUGAAUCAAUCCGCACUCAAGACAGUGCUGGAGGCAUACCUUCCUCAGCUUGCACUUAUAGUCUUCUUAGCUUUGUUGCCAAAGCUCCUUUAUGCUCUAUCUAAAGCUGAGGGAAUUCCUUCUCAGAGCCAUGCAAUACGGGCUGCAGCUGGAAAAUACUUCUAUUUCAGUGUGUUCAAUGUUUUCCUUGGAGUUACACUGGGUGGGACCUUGUUCAAUACAUUCAAGGAUAUUGAGAAGGAUCCUAAUACACUUGUUCCCUUGCUGGCGACUAGCCUCCCAGGAAGUGCAACCUAUUUCCUCACUUUUGUGGCUCUGAAGUUUUUUGUCGGCUAUGGUCUUGAACUAUCUCGAAUAGUUCCUCUGAUCAUUUUUCAUCUGAAAAGGAAGUAUCUUUGUAAGACUGAAGGCGAGUUGAAAGCAGCUUGGCAACCUAGUGAUCUUGGUUAUGGGACUAGAGUUCCUGGUGAUAUGCUGAUCGUAACAAUUGUUCUCUGCUAUUCUGUUAUAGCUCCGCUGAUCCUUCCAUUUGGUGUGCUGUACUUUGGCAUUGGAUGGCUCAUCCUUAGAAACCAGGCACUCAAAGUCUAUUGUCCCGCAUAUGAAAGCAACGGAAGGUUCUGGCCACACAUGCAGCUCCGGAUUCUUGCAGCUCUGAUACUCUACCAGGUUACCAUGGUUGGUUUCUUGGGGGUAAAGAAGUUCUACUAUGCUCCCUUCUUGAUCCCACUUCCUAUCCUCUCCUUGCUCUUCGGUUACACCUGUAGCAAGAAAUUCUACAGGUUCUUUGGAGACGCUGCUCUUGAAGUUGCUUCCCAAGAAUUGAAAGACAUUCCUAACAUGGAGCAAAUAUAUAAAGCUUACGUCCCAGAAAGCUUGAACCCUGAGAAGGUACUACUGGAUGAUGAUCAAUUCGAAGAUGCCAAGUCAAAUGUGUCGAGAACAGCGUCAUUUGCCUGAUGUGUAUAGUUUGUCAAGUUUAACAGUUCCACAAGAUUUGAUUCGAUUAGUAUCGUACGUAGUGAAACUAGUUUGGCUUUUGUGAGUUGUCAGUUGUUCAUUUAACAUAUGAUUUAGGAACCACAACAUUGGGUUUGCUUGUAACAACUUGGAUGUCAUGUGUUAAUUGUAUGUGUGAUGGAGUUUCUUUUCUAA